UAUAUAUAAAAGCAAGGAUAAGAUAAUAAUAAUAAUAUUAAAGCAAAGAGAGAAUACACUCUCUUUUUCUCGCGAACGCAUGUCCAUCCUUUCUUUUUUCGCGUUCUCUCCGGAGCGUAUAAUUUACGUUUCGUACCGGCGAAUUGGCAUUGUGAACGCCACCUAACACAGUAGCCUGUUGUUAGACGAGAAGGUGCCAAGGAGCAAGGGAAAAACUGCGGGAGAGAGAAAGCGAAGCAAUUACUUUGGUUCUCCGUUUAGAUCGUUCGAGGAGUUUUGUUAUUAUCUUUUUUGCAGGGCAUUAAAGUCGGUCGCCACGUCAGAUCCAUACAGUCCGGCCCGCUUUUCCCACGGUCAGUCAACACCCGGCAAUUCCGAUCGAUCGUUUCCUCGCGUAAAAUCGUUUCCCUCGUAACCGCUCGCCCCGGAGUCCACGAUCAUCGAUUAGCCGGGCUCGUGCUUUUGCAAGCGCGUAAUAACGCAUCGAACAGCCAUGAAUGCGAAUAGACGAGAGUAUCGAGAUUUGCGAGUUUCCCGAUCGAUCGCAAAUGAAAAUCGACAGCUGGAAACUGAAAGCGCAUUCGUACUGUCAGAUAUUAAAGGUUGCAACACUUUCCUCGACGAGUUUCGCAACGUCUUCCGCAUUCAAUAGAAUAAUUUGCUUUUCAAUCAUUCUCAGGAGAUACACUCUCCUGUUGGAUGUAGGAUGCGUUGUGAAACUCAUCGAGGAAAAAUAUUGUAACUUCUUCGAGUCGAUUUAUCAAUAUACAUAUAUAUAUAUAUAUAUGUGUGUGUGUGUGUGUGUAUAUAUAUAUGUAUAUAGUAAUUUAAACUUAAAUUCUAUAUAAUAAAUUUAAAUCUAAGUUUAAAUUUCAAUUUUGGGAUUUAAGCGAAGUUUAAAUGUAGAUAUAAGUUUAAACUACUGAAGAAUCGGCCUUUAAUCAGCUGACAGUAGGAAAAGUAUUCUCCAACACAACAAUAAUCACGCGAUCACUAGAAAUGGACACUUCAAGCGAACAUUGCGUGCGGCAUUGCGCUGAGAAAGAAUCACUCAUCAAGAUCUCCGGAUAUCGCCGUGCCGAGUAUCGAGAUCUACCACAUUUAGCGCGCCUGACACAUCCGACGACUCACGAAGUCUUCGGAGAUGUCCAGCUGGAGAGACUUUAGUACUUACCCGGAGCAAAUUCUCGCUGGCUCGGCCGGCUACUUUAUUGUAUCGGUGCAACGUAAAUCGACUUCCUCUCCGCGCUUGUCAGUAUACCGUUAUGUAAAAUUCGCAGCGAGACUUCCUGCCUCUCGGUGGUCCAGUAUAACGAGGAAGACAAUGUCGUUUCGGGGAUAUGCCUCUGCAAUUACCCCAACAUUCCGUCUGUGCCUCCGGACGAUUGGUUGACUUGGUUAAAAAUGGCUUACAGGAUCCCCGCCGUCACGGAGAGGAACACGAUGUUCAUACACUGGCUCGUGUGGGACGAUAGUUACUCGGAUCACUUUCUCAAGGAUCUUCUGACUGCCCUCUUCGAUAUCACCACCUACUGCCAGCAUGUGAUCCUCGUGAUACCUCCUCGGGUUACGCCAGCGGACGUGUUUGAGCGAGAGAUGACCAGAAUCCCGGCUGAUGGCAUCCGAGACUCCAAGGCAGCGCAAUUUUUGUAUCUGAGCGAUCGCAGUCAGUUCCGUCAAAAAUUAAAAAUACGGAGAAUUGUGUGAGGGUCACUUUCGAGUUUUCACUUCGACCUUUCCUUCAAUUGCUGCUCGACCAGCAGCCUUCGCUUUUCACGCGAAACGCUUCUAUGGGAAUAAUAACGA